AUGAGAGCCUGUGACAAUACGCGACAGGAUUUGGUUCGAUAUUACCCUUGCCUUUUUUGGCCAAUUACUGCCUUCCAGAAUUACAAAGGAGCAAUGAAGGCAUUGUGUCGGAUUCCACCCCUCCGGAAAGCUAAUGAUUUUGUAUUAAUAGUGAACAGAAAACGUAACAAAAGGAAAUCUUUGAGACAGGAGGACACUUUACCAAUACGCCAUAAACAUCGAAUGUCACUUGUUGCGGCAGUCACGCCAACGUACGAUAUACCACGUCCCUCUCACGAAGCUGUUUUACGAUUAGAAACCUGGUACCACGGCAUGUUGACCAGAUUGCGAUCCGAAUGUCUUGUUCGAUCUGAAGGAGAUUUCUUGGUUCGUGAUAGUAUUUCGUUCAAAGGCGAUUAUGUGUUGACAGUAUUUUGGAAUGGACAUGCCAUACAUUUUCAAAUUAACAAAGACCCGUCACCUUUCAGCUCAAGUGGAUUUUUUUUUCAGUAUCGUGGAAUGAAAGGAUUACGGAAGGGAUUACGGAGGUGGGGUACUUCCUGA